AUGAAAUAACAGAUCAAAAAUAGUGUAAUGAAAAUGAAAAAUGUGAAUGGGAUUAUUGGUCAAUUUCAAAAUGUCAAAACAUAUGCAAUCAAUUAAAUACUGAAAAUGAAUGCAACUUUUCAGCAAAUUGUAAGUGGGGAGCUAGUUCUUCCUCAUGUUUAAUCAGAAAAUGCACAGAAGAAUUGCAAUAGGAAAAAUGUUGUCAAAUUGUAUUUACUACAAUAAAUUAGGUUGCUUGUUCUUGGAGGAAUAACGAAUGUUGGGACUCAUCAUGUGUUACAUUGUAAGCUAAAGAGGCUGGUAAAUGCGCUAAUUCGUAUUGCAAUUGAGAUGAGAAACGAAAGCUUUGUUAUGAUAAAAAAUGCUCAGACUAUUAUAAUUAAAUUGAUUGUGAUCAAAUAUCUUUUUGUAGUUGGUAUAAAUACAAAUGCAUAGACAAUGAUAAUGACAAGAUUGAUUAUCAAAAAGGUGAAGAAUAAUGUUGAUCUAAACCAUUUAAUUACUUAUGAUUAAUCAUAACCUCAAAUUUAGAAUUUUUUGGUUGUUUAUAAAAAUUCAUUAAUUCUCCCAGUAUAUUUCAUUUUAUUUUUAUUUUUUUUAUUCAAAUAAUAAUGA